UAAAAUAAAAUCGGAGAAAAAUCUAAAGAAUAUCGACCGCUCGUUUUGUCAGGCGGAAGCAUCCACUCAAACGUCCUCGCCAUCCUCCCCGGCGCAUGUUAGCUCGCCCGUAGCCUCCGCCACCACCACCAACUACAGCAACAAAUUCUCUGCAUUACCUGCAACGCACCACUCUCUCGGCAGCCAGAAUGGAAUCUCGCGUGCUCAGCGGCGCGACCAUUCGCGGCCUGGCAUUGUCAAUGAAGCCGGCAUCGAGGCUCACUGGAACCUGCAGCUUCCCGGCAAAGCUCACUGGAACCUGCAGUUUUCCGGCGAGGCACAGCGACCGCGGAAGCUUGGUAUUGAGGACGCAAAUUCCACCAAUCAUUCCGCAGGAAUCUUCACCGGUCAGCGUGGUUUCUCCAGCAGCGAAGAGGAUUUGCCUCCAUCCGUGCUUAGCAGCAUCCUCUUCGCCAGCAGAAGGCAGCCCCGGCGGUAAGGUCGGCUUUCUCGAGAAAUACCCCGCUCUUGUCACCGGAUUCUUCUUCUUCAUGUGGUACUUCCUGAACGUGAUAUUCAACAUCAUCAACAAGAAGAUCUACAAUUACUUCCCCUACCCCUAUUUUGUGUCCGCAGUUCAUCUCCUUGUUGGUGUUGUAUAUUGUCUACUAAGCUGGAUUGUAGGCCUCCCGAAGCGCGCCCCAAUCGACUCAAACCUCUUGAAGCUGCUCAUCCCAGUUGCUAUCUGCCAUGCUAUAGGCCAUAUAACUAGUAAUGUCUCUUUUGCUGCAGUUGCAGUCUCAUUCACUCAUACCAUCAAAGCACUUGAGCCUUUCUUCAAUGCUGCGGCUUCACAGUUCAUACUUGGACAACAGAUACCGUGGGCAUUGUGGUUGUCGCUGGCUCCAGUUGUUAUUGGUGUCUCAAUGGCAUCCCUGACUGAAUUAUCUUUCAACUGGACGGGAUUUAUUAGUGCUAUGAUUUCCAACAUCUCAUUCACUUACCGGAGCAUAUACUCGAAGAAAGCUAUGACCGAUAUGGAUAGCACUAACUUGUAUGCCUACAUCUCAAUCAUCGCCCUCAUUGUCUGCCUCCCGCCUGCCAUUAUUAUCGAGGGACCUCAACUGAUGAAGCAUGGAUUCAAUGAUGCAAUUGCUAAAGUGGGUCUUACAAAGUUCAUCACUGAUCUGUUCUGGGUGGGAAUGUUUUACCACCUCUACAAUCAGCUGGCAACCAACACCCUGGAGAGAGUGGCGCCGCUCACCCAUGCAGUUGGGAAUGUCUUGAAACGAGUUUUCGUGAUCGGUUUCUCCAUCUUAGUCUUUGGUAACAAGAUUUCACUGCAAACCGGCAUCGGCACCGGCAUUGCCAUCGCCGGAGUUGCGAUCUACUCCUUAAUCAAGGCCAAGAUGGAAGAAGAGAAAAGGCAAAUGAAAUCAUCCUGAGCAGACACUGAUGCAAAGGCAUGGAAGAAACCACUCUCCAACCUGCUGCUGCCUUUUAUUUAUUUGUUACCAAAAACAUUUGAAGAACUUCUCUCCCCAACUACGUGUUUGUGUUAUUACAUAAUUUCGUCGACACCCAUUUCUUCUCUUGAACUUGAAUGUUCUCUGACUUGAAUAAUAUUUGCGCCUGUCCCCAUCGUUGAACCCA